AUGGAUCUCCUGGACGAAAUAGGCGGCUAUGUUGGGCCAAAAUAUGUACACCUGCCUUCGAUCAUAGACUGUCGCGAGCAAUAUGAUCCCUACAGGGAGCUUGCACAAGCUUGGGACUCCCCGUCAGAGCUGUACCAAACUGAUUUAGUGAUGUAUCAUGAUGGGACCGUCAUUGAGGACCUAUCGAUCUCUGUUAUCGUUCCAAAGCAGAUCGCCCUGCCGGAUGUCAUUCCCCUCUUCUGGGAUGUUGACACAACUUACAUAGCUCGCUUUUCGUCCCUAAGGGAGAUCCAUCCUACAUCCCAGCAGGUGACUCUGAUGAGGGAAAUCACUGCUUUGUUUUUCCAGGCGCCUUCUUCUCGUGUCGGCACUUCUGAGCAAGACUAUGUCGUUUUAUUCAUCCCCAGCGUUCCCCACGAGCAGCUUGAAGACUGGGCUCUCGAGUUCCGGGGUACUGUGCCCCUCCGUCAGGCCUAUGAACAAAAUCAAAUACCUAUCGGCAUCAUACGAGAUACGUCAAAAUAUAGUGAGCCUCGUCUCUUCAGAAAAUGGGUCACAACGAAAGGGGACCAGGACACAAUGCUCCAGGUAGAAUGCCAGUCGAUUCCACGGCGUCAAAACUUCCUCCAACCCCGUGUGAUUCCGGUGAAUGAAGAUGGCGAGCCUGAAGAUCCUAGAGUUAUCAAAGCGAAAAAGAUCCACCUUGUCCCAGUGUCGGGUUGCUCGUUAGCAAACUUGCCGUCAUCAAAAGCGAUGGUUGGCUUGCUUAUUUCCGCCAUCUUGGACCGCAUGGCCGCUGUUAUGGUAGCAGAUGAGCUCACGCGCACGGUUCUGAGUGAUGUCGAUAUGCAGGACCUCAACCACAUCUUGACCGCCACUGCGACUCCGUUGGCUCAAGCAAGUACCCACUACCAGCUCUAUGAGUUCUUUGGCGACUCCGUGCUCAAGUUCAGUGUGAGCUGCCAUUUGUUUUUCCGACAGCCCAACUGGCAGGAGGGUCACCUCUCGAUCCACCGUGACAAAAUCGUCAACAACAGACGUCUUGCGCAUUCCGCUCUUGAAAAUGAAAUUGAUCGGUUCAUUUGGAACGACCGGUUCACCCCCCGCAAAUGGGAUCCUCCGAUGAUCUCCAAACGGCUAGCUAUGAAGCCCGCUAAACGGAGCUUGUCGCUCAAAGUCCUAGCCGACGUCAUCGAAGCCUUGAUCGGCGCAGCAUACCUAGAAGGAGGUAUUCGCAAAGCCCAGGCGUGUCUCCACCGUCUCCUUCCCGAGAUCGAUAUCGAGUUUCACUCCAGGACCGAUCGUGGGGAAGUGGCCAAUUUUGUGGAUACAACCCGUCUUGCUCCUCUCCUCGGCUACAACUUCAAAGACGCCUCUCUCCUGACCGAGGCACUCACACACCCAUCGUGUGAGUCUGAUCAAGUCACCCAGUCGUAUCAGCGACUGGAGUUUUUAGGGGACGCGGUUCUUGACAUGGUGGUCGUUUCCGUGCUGUCAGCCCACCCACUUCCAUUAAACCAGGGCAAAAUGACCAUGAUUAAACACUCCCUCGUCAACGCAAACUUACUCGCAUUCUUGUGCAUGGAACUCAGUGCACCCGACAAGCAGUCUUCCUCUGGACGAGCCCAUAUUUGGGAGCAUCUCCGCUUUGCUAAACAUGCCCUUGAAGAGUCUCUUAGUUCUUGUUUAAGUCGAUACGCCAUUAUGCGCGACGAGAUCCUCGACGCCCUCGAGUCCUCGCCGACAUACCCAUGGGAGCUGCUCGCUCGGCUUCGUGCAGACAAAUUCUUCUCGGAUAUCGUGGAGAGUGUGAUCGGGGCAAUCUUCCUCGACUCGGGCCUGGACGCAUGCGCUGCCUUCCUGGAGAAGAUCGGGCUUAUUCGGUACCUGCGUCGGAUCCUGGAUGAGGACGUCAUCGUUCAGCAUCCACGAAAUGCUGCCCAGGACCUGGUUAAGCUCCAGGGAGUGUUGGUCUUCAAGCCUAAACGGGUGGAGAUCAAGGGAAUUCCUGCGACUUAUCGGUCUUCGGCGGUUCUCGAUCAACUAGUGCUUGCAUCUAUUGAAGGAUGUGGGUCUGCCGAGGAGGCUGAUAUUCGGGUUGCUCAUUUGGUGAUUGCGCAGAAAAUACCGAGUGCUCUCGCAGCGCUUAGCCUUGAUGAUUAA